GGGGUUUAGAAGAUAUCGCGCGAGGGUUUUAUUUCUUUGUGGUUUUGGAUUUUGCGACCAAUGUGGACAGACGGCAACAAGCAAGAAGAAGACACGCAAGCGAGCGCCAUUAACUAGUCUCUGGAAAGUUUGUGUAGCGAUCGGAGCAGUAGCAUCGAGCGCGCGCGCGCGACGAGCGCUUGAUUUACUAGCGGCCGCUGGCGAGAUUUCUCCUCCUCCUCCUCCUCUUACUCGCAUUUCUUUCUUUUGUUCUUUCUUCCUGGUGUAGAAUCUAGAUCUCUCUCGCAUUCUCUCGUUCCAGAUCCGCUCCAGCUCUUGAAUCGCAGCGAAAUCUUCCCCCCUCCCAUCAAUGCUGCGCUGAAAUAUCGCGCAAGAUCGACCGAUUCGUCGCGGCCGGACCCGGAUCCAUGGGGAAUCUCAUGUCCUGCGUCCUAAUCUGUGGAGCAGUCGAGGUCGUCCACGUUGUCCACUCGGACGGUCAUGUGGAGCGGCUCAUCCGGCCGCUGGAUUCCUCCAAGGUUCGCAAGAAUUCCAGCCACAAGCGCCUCAAUUCCUCCUCCUUCUCCGGCUGCUCGCCCCCCCGGGCGGAUCUCCUGAAAUGCCUCUCCAAUCUCGGCGGCAAGAGCUCCAGCGAUGGCGCCGCCGUGGAAUCGGAGCCCGGCCGCUCUUAUCUUCUCCUCCCGAUCACCAAUGCCGAUGAUUCCAGCGGAGCUUUCCAGUACAAGCGCCUCUCCUCGUUCCAGUUCUACAAAUCCGCGUUCCUCUCUCCCAAAUCGAGCUCCUCAUCCAAAUCCCUGGUUGCCGCGCCGAAGGAUAAGAAUCAAACUCCCAGCGACAAGAAUGGUAAGACGCGGAGAUCUCCCGGCGACGAGCACGACGAUCGCAAGCAGCUGCUCAAGGAUUCGUCGCAGCAGCCAUUCAAGGUGAGGCAAGAAGGCGGCGUCACCAAGCUCGUCGUCUCCAAGAAAUACUUGCAGCAGCUCCUCUCGGAGAGCAACGUGAAGAAAUCAUCAUCCUCAUCGUCCUCGAAAGAUCGUCACGAUCAUCGUGGCGGCGCUGCCCGUGCCACUCCGACCAAUGGAUCGUCCUCGUCCACCGCCGGGAUUUCGCAGCCGGCAGCUCUACCCGGCGCCGCUCCUCCGCGAGUCGGCAGGCCCGGGAUCUGGCGCCCGGCGUUGGAGAGCAUCUCGGAGGCGGCCGCCGCUGCCGCCGCGAUCGCAGCCCACCAUCCCCAAGAACCCUAAAAAACAGAGCAUGUGUAAGAUAGAACCCUAAAAAGCAUAGUCAUCCAAAAAGGUAACGAAGAGAUAGAUUCCAGUUGUGGACAUGAGUUGUCCCAAAUAAUCGCAGCAAGAUCAGGCCUUGGGUCCCCUUGCUUUUUGAUGUGGAAGGCUUGAUUCACUCUCUUUUU